CCUGCUGUGGACAUUUACAUUUGACACUUGUGCUUGCUGUACAACAAUUGUGUAGUCAUUUUGGAAUCCACAUUAAUUACUUGAAUCACCUUCCAAAGAAGUGUCUGAUCCAUUCAUUGGAGUUCGUACGCAUUUGCAAUGUAAAUGAACCUGUUGUUUACCACCGGCAACUGCAGACUGACAUGGUCGACAGUUUGAACGGGAGUGUAUGUUUGUGUAUAGGAGGAUAUUUACUAUCAUAAUGAAAGCAUGGGGACGGACCGCUGCCGCUACACUGUACUGUAUUCAACGCAGGCCUGGGUCACUUUGUUCGAGAUUUCGCUGAUAGUUACAAUAUGGGGCACAGUUUGUCAAACACUGGCGUUAGCUAACAGUAGUGUUGGAUUACAGUAUGAUCUUGGUUUUGGAAUCGUUUUGUCUGCGGACAAUGUGCCAAAUCCCUCCAGGGAAGAGACAGCUGAGAUGAAGCCUCAGCGUGCGCCGUCGAGAGCAAGAACUCGCCUCCCUUUCUUUAAAACUGCAGACCAACGGGACAAUGGAAGGAUGUGGCCUGAGAGGACCAAGCCCUUUGUCAUCAUGGAUGGCCACAGGAAAUCUCUGCGCGAAGCACUGCAGAACAGUCACCCAGAGAAGCUACAGUGUGGACUGCCAAUCCAAGGCAGCGUCUAUGUUUUGGACCUUGAGAAAAAUCAUGAUCUGCUGCCCAGCCCCCCAGCUGUGUUCUACUACCCACCCAAUGGCACUGGGGUUGCCCAGGACGAGACUCCAGUGAGGCACUGUUACUACCAUGGCUCAGUGAGGGGGUUCCCCCAGUCCAGAUUGGCCCUCAGUGUCUGCUCUGGCCUUCGGGGGGUGAUUGUGAUCAAUGCUAGUCUGAGCUUUGAGCUGAAGCCUGAGGAAGAAGAGAACCAAGAGGAAGGAGGGGAGGGGGGCAGUGACGUGCACCUGCUCUACCCCACCCAUCAACUGGGGUCAUGGACUGGAAACUGUGGGGUGUCCCAUCAUCCAUUGCUCCCUCUGGAUGUCUGGCCUCAAACACACAGAAGAAAGAGAGACAUCCUAACGGAGACCAAGUAUAUAGAGCUGGUGCUUGUGGUCGAUCACAAAGAGUACCUGAACUACCAGAAGAACAACAAGACCAUCAUCUACCGCAUGUUGGACAUGGCCAAUCAAAUAGACUUGUUCUACCGACCCCUCAAUGUGCGCGUGGCGUUGCUGGGUCUGGAGAUCUGGAGUGACGGGAACAGGAUCCAGGUAGACGGCAGCCCUGCCGCCACCUUGGACCGCUUCCUGGAGUGGCGUUACCAUGAGCUACUGCCCCGCCUGCACCAUGACAACGCCCAGCUGGUCCUGGGGGAAGCUUUUAAUGGUCACACUGUUGGAAUGGCUUCCCAGUCCUCCAUGUGUUCACCAGACAGAUCCGGUGGAAUCAAUGUGGACACCCUGGUAAGCGUGCUGGGCGUGGCUUCCACUGUGGCCCAUGAGCUGGGACACAACCUUGGAAUGUUCCACGACUUGGCCAAUCGGCAAUGCCUGUGUGAGAUCUCCGCCCAGCAGGGAGGCUGCAUCAUGGAGCCCUCCACUGGGCUUCUGCCGGGACAGAUGUUCAGCAGCUGCAGCGCACGGGACCUGUCCGUCACCCUUCUCCACGGCGGCGGGAAGUGCCUCUUCAAUGUGCCCCGGCCCGAGAGGCUGCUGGGGGGGCCGCGCUGCGGGAACCUGUAUGUGGAGAAGGGCGAGGAGUGCGACUGCGGCCUGGCCCAUGAGUGUAAAGAUCCUUGCUGUAAUGCUACCACCUGCACAUUGGCUCCCGGGGCACAGUGUUCCUCUGAUGGCAUCUGCUGUGACAACUGCAAGCUGCGCUCCCCGGGCUGGGUGUGCAGGGACCGCCUAGGGGAGUGUGACCUCCCAGAGCACUGCACUGGAACCUCCCCCCACUGCCCCCCCAAUGUCUUUCUCCAGGACGGUCAGCCCUGCAAGGGGGGACAGGCCUACUGCUCCAGUGGCAUCUGCUCCAGCCUCGACUCACAGUGCCAGAUACUGUGGGGGCCCAACUCCACACAGGCUCCGGAAGUGUGUUUCUCUUCUGUCAACAAACUGGGCAAUAAAUACGGCAACUGUGGCCGCAUGCCCAACGGCACGUAUGUGCCUUGCUCAGAUGUUGACGUGUAUUGUGGGAAAAUCCAGUGUCAGGGAGGCAACAGCCGGCCCCUCCUGGGUGCCAGGGCCCAGAUCCUCAGGACCACAGUCCGUCGGAACCACAGCGAGUUUGUCUGCCGCGCAACAUACUUUGACCUUGGUGACGACGUCUCUGACCCUGCUGUGGUGGCACAGGCGACCGCUUGUGGUCCAGGCAAGGCCUGUGUGGGCCAGCGGUGUCGGGAUGUGGCCGUGUUUGGUGUGGAGGAGUGUCAGAGGAAGUGCAAUGGCCACGGGGUGUGCAACAGCAAUAACAACUGCCACUGUGACAUGGGCUGGGCUCCUCCAGACUGUAAAUACCCAGGGAAUGGAGGCAGUGUGGACAGUGGGCCAAUCCUAGCACCCACAGACGUGGUUCGAGUGGCCCUGCUGGUCAUUGUCCUCUUUAUCCUGCCUCUGGUGCUGCUCUUGAUGGUGGCAGGUUUUCUUCACUGUCAUCGUCGCCUCCUCUACCUCAGCAGCAGCCCCUUCCUAAAGGCUCACAGUCGGCAAAAGAACUGGACUCGGGCCAUAGAGGAGGGCGAUGCCAGGAACAGAGACCAGGUCCAGCCACUGAGUUGUCCAGCGAACCAAAAAAGGGACAUUGUUCUGACCCCUUCAGCUGGAAAGGCUGAGGACAGGCCUCUACCUCCUAACAAGCCGCUGCCACCUGAUCCGGUGUCAAAACAUGUCCAGUCUGUAGGGGAACGACCACACCCUCCAACCAAGCCCCUGCCUCCUGACCCCAUUCCCAAAACUGGCAAGACAACACUGCGCCGACCAGCCUGUCCAAACAGAUCUCUCCCCCCUGACCAAGCUCCAGCAGAUGGACAGACCUGCGUUCCUGCUCGGCCAGCCCCUCCCAAGAGACGAUUGCCAGCAGACCCCCCGUUGCCCGCGAUUUCUGAAGUCCCGGUGCAACAUGGGACUGGUUUGUCCUCCAUUCCCACUUCCCGCUCAGGAAUCGCCAUCAAGCCAACCAGGCCUCGUAUUCCUCCUCCUCCUCCUCCUCCUUCAAAAGUGAUGUCACCGUCUUAGCACUGCUACUUACCCUCGAACAGUAAAGCCAGUGAAAACCGGAUGCCUAUCAGGAUUGUCUUACUGUGCUCAUUCUUCAGGAAGGUUCUGAAGAGAGGUGUCUUCAGACUGGCAGGCCUAAGCCUCCUAAGGGCGUCAAGUGUAGCCACCUGCUAGUUCAGGUCUGUUUCACAACGGCUAAGGAUGGAGCCUGGUGAAACGCUGAAUUCUCAAAAUUGUCAUUUAAUUUAAAGCAGCUUCAAUAAUCUAGGCCUGCUGAAUUGAGAAUGGACUCCUGGCAUUGGCUAUAGGGCAUGUGGGCAAAGACUGGACAGCCAUACUUAUAAAUGUUGUAUGGGUGAUGACAAUGGAAUAAAUGCUUAAAGUUCCUGUUUUUGUAUAGAGGGAUUCUGCAUCAAGACAGCCACCAAUGCUCUCUUACGCAGCUGGAUCUCAUACUGAAUUACCAGAAACAAUCAUCAGAAGCAGAGCCAGGAUGUGUGAAUUUCAGAAGAGCACGUUUGUGGUUUGUGUCUGAACUGUGAUCUGUGAACAGUUGUGUAUCCUGUCCUAACGGUUAGCACCUCAAGAGGCCUCUGUCUGUUUGGGUCUCUUCGACACAUUGGCUUUAUUAAACACAAUGUGUCCACAUCAUGCUCCAGCCUACAAUCCCCUUUGAAGCUGAACAUUGACAUCCAUCUUCGACAGCAAUCUGGCAACCAUUUGGAGGCUCUAGAAUUGUGUUUCUUUAUAGAUUUAUACAAUCAGAUCAUAUUGAUUUGAAUAAUGAAGAGAAGCAGAGCUGUAUUUUGUAUGCUUGAUCUUAACAAACAGACACAUCCUGACUGGAACAUCAGAUGCUGGAAUAAAAGCAAAUUCACGCUGUGUGCUUGGGGCCACUGUAUGGAGACUGUUGAAUGAGGCUUGCAGUUGGAUGGCCAUUCCUAUUGUCCUCUUCAAUGGACCUUGAAUGGAAUCUUUUUUUUUAAAUUCAAUUUAGCAUGUGUUGGACAGGAUUCUGUUAGAAGUGAGACCCAGGAGUCCUUCCCUAAAGUUCAGAUCUCAGCUCACUCUGGAGAGUGUGCAUAUACAACUAUGGGGGCAUAAGAAUACACUAAGUGGAGAUCGGAUCACAAAAACAAAUUAUUG